UCGGGUAUUAAGAAUAAACACAACCAACAGGUGAAGAUCAAGACUCUGAACCGUUUCGACAUGUCGAACUUCGACGUUUCUCUCCAGCAGCUCAACGAUCUGUUGACGGACGAGAGCGGCUUCUACAGCUGGCCGACUAAACACUUCCAUGAGGUUUACCCCAGGAUCUACGUCGGCAAUGCAUUUGUGGCGACAAACGCCAUGCGUCUGAAGCGCCUGGGCAUCACUCACAUCCUGAAUGCCGCAGAGGGGAACUCCUAUAUGCAUGUCAACACCAACGCUGAGUUCUACGCCGGUACAGGCAUCAUCUACCACGGCGUGCCAGCCAGCGACACUGACCACUUUGACAUCAGCGUUUUCUUUGAAGAGGGAGCGGACUUCAUUGAGAAAGCACUGGCAUACAAAAAUGGAAAAGGUAAAGUGUACGUUCACUGCAGGGAAGGCUACAGCCGCUCGCCUUCGUUAGUCAUCGCCUACCUGAUGCUUCGCCAGAACCUGGACGUCCACACCGCUCUGGCCAUGGUGCGGCAGAAACGAGAGAUUGGACCCAACGACGGCUUUCUGCGACAGCUCUGCCAGCUCAACCAGAGGCUGACUGCCGAGGGAAGGUUUUGGAACAAAUAA